AUGUCGGGUCGAGGGAAAGGAGGUAAAGCCAAAUCAUCAGCUAAAGCCAAGACACGAUCCAGCAGGGCUGGCCUACAAUUUCCCGUUGGUCGAAUACAUCGGCUUCUCCGCAAGGGGAAUUAUGCUGAGCGCGUUGGUGCAGGUGCGCCAGUGUAUCUAGCUGCUGUACUGGAAUACUUAGCUGCAGAAGUGCUUGAAUUAGCGGGUAAUGCUGCACGCGAUAAUAAAAAGAGCCGCAUUAAUCCACGUCAUCUACAAUUAGCUGUACGUAAUGACGAAGAACUGAACAAACUUCUUUCCGGUGUCACUAUCGCUCAAGGUGGUGUGCUGCCGAAUAUUCACGCUGUUCUGUUGCCGAAGAAGAUUGCAGGUGAUAAAGAGUAG